GAGACGACCCUCAGCCCUGUACGGACACGCACCAGAGACACCGGAAUGCACACAAAAUGCUGCGUCCACGAGCUGUGACAAGCUGCUGCAUGUGAAGAAAAUAAAGACACAGCAAAACGACCACGCCGGAAGCUUUCUCGUCCAGAUUUAGGCACUCGCGCAGGAAGCGUAUUUGCCGCAGAAAUCAACCCACCAGAGCUCCCGCCGAUGCGCUUCAGCUGUGCAUGAAUCCCUCAGUUUGGCUUGCAGGUCCAGGACAAAACCGGGCGGCGUUGACGACUGUGUGUGGUGGAUACUACUGUUUGUGAGUGCACCUUAUCCGCGUCUCUGCACAACCCCCUUUUGGCACCUCCUUCAGGAUGGCGUUAACAAUCUGCACGAGAUUUACCGACGAAUAUCAGCUGUUCGAGGAGCUGGGGAAGGGUGCAUUCUCUGUGGUCAGGAGGUGCAUUAAGAUCUCAUCUGGACAGGAAUAUGCCGCCAAAAUCAUCAACACUAAGAAGCUUUCUGCCAGAGAUCAUCAAAAGCUGGAGAGAGAGGCGAGGAUUUGUCGUUUACUGAAGCACCCCAACAUCGUACGACUCCAUGACAGCAUAUCAGAAGAGGGUUUCCACUAUCUGGUGUUUGAUCUGGUAACAGGAGGAGAGCUGUUUGAGGACAUCGUAGCCAGGGAGUACUACAGUGAGGCUGAUGCCAGCCACUGCAUACAGCAGAUCCUCGAGAGUGUCCAUCACUGCCAUGUAAAUGGGAUCGUCCACCGGGAUCUGAAGCCUGAGAACCUUCUAUUGGCCAGUAAGCUGAAGGGGGCGGCGGUCAAGUUGGCUGACUUUGGGCUGGCUAUCGAGGUGCAGGGGGACCAGCAGGCAUGGUUUGGUUUCGCUGGCACUCCGGGAUACUUGUCUCCGGAGGUUCUGAGGAAAGACCCAUAUGGGAAACCAGUGGACAUGUGGGCUUGUGGUGUCAUUUUAUACAUCCUGCUGGUGGGCUACCCUCCCUUCUGGGAUGAGGACCAGCACCGCCUUUACCAACAAAUCAAGGCUGGGGCCUAUGAUUUCCCAUCUCCAGAGUGGGACACUGUAACUCCUGAGGCCAAAGAUUUGAUCAACAAGAUGCUGACUAUCAACCCCAGUAAACGCAUCACUGCCGCAGAGGCUCUCAAACACCCCUGGAUCUGCCAACGGUCCACUGUAGCUUCCAUGAUGCACAGGCAGGAGACUGUGGAGUGCCUGAAGAAAUUCAAUGCCAGGAGGAAACUCAAGGGAGCCAUAUUGACCACUUUGCUGGUCACAAGAAACUUCUCAGCAGCCAAGAGUUUGCUCAACAAGAAGCAAGACGGCGUUAAGGUCAACAACAAAGCCAACACAGUGACCAGUCCUAAAGACACUGGCCCUGCCCCUGCGCUGGAACCACAGACAACUGUGAUCCACAACCCUGUGGAUGGAAAUAAGGUUGUCAUUCUUUGUCAGGAGUCCAUUGAGAGUGCCAACACCACCAUAGAGGAUGAGGAUGUAAAAGCCCUUCGUCUGGGCAGCUUAGUGAGCGGUAUCUUGAGCUCUAAGAGCCGUUCCUCACAGAUGUCUGAUUCAAGGCAGACUCCGACCUCCUCAGUCCAGACCUGCACCAAUAACAAUAAAGCCCGCAAACAGGAAAUUAUCAAAGUAACGGAGCAGUUGAUUGAGUCUAUCAACAAUGGAGACUUUGAGUCCUAUGCGAAGAUUUGUGAUCCUGGCCUAACUUCCUUUGAGCCUGAGGCCCUGGGCAACCUGGUGGAAGGACAUGACUUCCAUCGCUUUUACUUUGAGAAUGCCCUGUCCAAAGGCAAUAAGCCGGUGCACACCAUCCUCUUGAACCCACAUGUGCACCUAAUUGGGGAAAAUGCAGCCUGUAUCGCCUAUAUUCGACUGACCCAGUACAUGGAUGCUGGCGGCAUGCCCCGCACCAUGCAGUCUGAGGAGACCCGCGUGUGGCAUCGCCGUGACGGCAAAUGGCAGAACAUCCACUUCCACCGCUCCGGCUCGCCCAGCAUCCCCUCCCAUUCAUUGACCUCUACCUGGGUAAACGUUGGGCAGAGUUGUGCUGAGAACUACCUGAGGUCACCAAACGUGAACAUGAAUAACUAUGAAUCAUGAAGGUGUUGUUGAAGUUGCCCCACCAGGUGCAACAAAAGUGACAGUUAAUGGAAUAUCAACAUGUGGUCAAAAAAAUGAAAAAAAAAAAAAAAAAAAUCCCAUCAGCAAAUCUAGCAGGGCAGUCAACUAGCCAACCUAUGACUGCUCUCUGACCUUUGACCCUUCUAUAAGGACAUGACAUCGCACAGGACACAAUUAUUAAUACAUUUUACUGUUAUGGCAUUUUAUUAAUGGACAUCAUUCAAACCCACCACCGGGUGGCUGCACACAGUAUUUGGACAUUAUGAAACGAGCAUAUUGAUCAACAUUUUUUUGUUUGUUUUUUAAGAUGUUUUGGUAUGCAUUUUAAAUAUAAAAUAGAGAUGUUUAAAAAUCUACUACUGUAACCCUCCGAAAAAUUAGUUCUGUAUUUUUAUGUGUAUUUAUGUGUGUGCAAUACAAAAACAUUUGGGAGAUCAGAAUGUUAAAAUUCAGCUUGCUUUAGUUCUGGUGAUGUAUAUACAUUGUGAUUGUUGAUAACAAAAACAAACAUUGAAAUUGCUAUUCUUGCUAUCAGAGGAAUUAAGAGUUUACGUAAAAUCCAGUUUAUGAGCUACAUUUCUGUUUGCUAUGAGCUAAGUCAUACUGUUUGAAUUGUCCAAUUUCAACCUAUAAUACUAAUUUAAAUGUAAAGAAAAGCAGAGCAGCUUACACUUUGCAUUGAUGAUAUGUUUGCCUUUAUAUCAGUGAAAUAAGAAAUAAGAGAAUGUAGCAUAUAUGUAAUAUAUGAAAAUCCAAGACUAUUGUGUAGUGCAUGGGGGGGAAUAUUGUAAGUAAGAUCAUAUGAAACUAUAAUAUCUUCUGUUUGAUUUGUGAAUCACUGACUUGUUUGUUUGCAUUUGUUAAUGUUGUGCAUCAGUCCUGUCCCAAAUGUUUCUAAUGUCCACAGUUAUGGUUAACAUCAAGCGUAAAUAUCAAAACCUCAUAUCGAAGUGGAGGAAAAGUAAACUCCUGGUUGCUGAAGCACCCCUUACAUUUUGUAUAAAAAUUAUAAGAAAACAAGCUCAUUUUUCAUAAUGUUUGUACUUGUAUUGUAUGACUGUAUGUAGGGUUUCUGUUGUCAUUUUAUUCUUGUCAUUUCCAGUGUGUUACUCUGCCAAUUGCACAGAGAAAGUGGAGAUGAUGAAGAUGGAGCAAAGGCACUAUAGUCUUUACCUUCAGUCAGGUUAUGUGUUAAUCUGACAGUUGGGCUUAUAAAUCUGGAAGCGUCAUAAAAGCAUUGGAUUGAAGAACGUUGCAGUCAGACAAGAGGAUGGUAAGACAGCAGUGAAGGAGUCAAAUGAGAGUUGGAUUGUAAUACAUGUUGGGAUGUCUUCCUUGACGAUCAGUGCUUCUACCAGCCAGUGGUCUCCUUCCCACUGCAGGACAAUGCCAAUGUCUUCGUCAUCCUUACUGUUUACUCUUUUCAAUUGGUUGGUCUCUUCUUUUUUAAGGGGAAAAUAUGAUAAACAUUUCUUUAAAUGAAACGUAUGAUGUCAAUGCAAUGCACCACUCCUUAUAUGGUGUGUACCUGUUGCCAGCACGGCAAUGGAUGGCUUAACAUGUUUAAGAAAUAAAUAAAUCAGCUAAAAGGUGUGAUAAUGAA